AUCGAUCAUCAUGCCUAAGACCAAGAAGCGUGGACGGGCGGGUAAGGGCGAAAAGGAGACACCGCUGUUGACGGUGCAAGGCAUUCUCCGCCUAGAUAAGACCUUCGUACCUCCACGGCACGAAGAUGCGGACACGCUCCUCAUUCAACGCCAACCCGACGGACCCGCCGAAUGCAUCCGUCUCAUUCCCGGUCAGAGCGAGCAUGAAAUGGUCGAGUACAAGGCCGGAUACGACGUGGGGCCCUCCAAUCCGUUCCCGCAGAACGAGGCCGAACAGAAGCUCUUUCAAGACCGACAGAAAGCCGAUCAAGUUCAAGCGGCCUUUGCUGACCUCCAGAAACAGAGUUGGGACGAAAAACAAGCCCGAGAAGCCCAAUUCCAACGAGAUGAACACAAUCGACAAAGAGCCAUCAGGGGACUAUCACCUUUAGCGCCGGAUAUUGAAAUCCCAUCCACCCAUGCAGACCCAGCCCAUCCGGGGAACUAUUUUCCACCCGCCGAUGGGCCUUUGAGGGACUCGGAGCGGGUUUUACCCCCGGGCGAGGAAGCAUCCGUGGACCAAAGGGAAGAGGAAGCGAAGACAGAUGUUAUUCCUCCUGAGAAGACCGUGACCGAAGCCGAGUUACCGGGUGAAGAGAGGCAGAACUUGCCGGAAGAGCGAUUGCCGCAAAUGAAACCCUUGCCGUCCAAGGAAGCGGGCCCAUCGCCGGAAAUGGGGGUGCGAGAAAUGGCCUUGCAAGUGGCCUUGGCGUUGGAAGAGGAGCGGAAAAAGGCCGCUCAAGCCAGUCAAGAUGAUCAAAGUGUCAUAUACUCAUUGGAUGAACUCACGGCCAUGAAAAUGAAACCCGUCCAAGGGCCGGAGGUGACGGUCGAAAGUGUAGUGCAACAGAGAACGGAGGAGAACAAUAAAGCUGUAUUAGAUGCUUACUGGCAAUUUGUGCGGGAAAAUCCUCAAGAUUUCAAUGGCUGGACCUAUUUGCUACAACAUGUGGAAAACAUGGCGGAUUUGAACGAAGUCCGGUCGGCUUAUAAUGCUUUCUUGCCCCUCUAUCCGUAUUGUUUUGCUUAUUGGGAGCGUUAUUGCGACAUUGAGAAGCGCGCGGAACAAUGGGAGCGCGCCUUGGCCAUUCUUCAUCGGGGCUUGGAAGCCAUCCCUAUGUCGGUGGACUUGUGGUUGGCUUACCUUGAACUGUACCGAAAAAUGUAUGAAAAGCUCGACAACUUUGACGAGAUAUUCCGAAUUCAAUGGGAAAAAGCGGUCAUGACCGUGGGGCUCGAAUAUCGUUCGGAUUCGUUGUGGGAACGCAUUAUCGAAUGGGAGAGCGCCCGGAACAAUCUCCGAGAGGUCACGCAUGCCUACAAGCGUUUGAUUUCAGUGCCCACCAAGUUGUACAAUAAGCAUUGGGACAACUUCAUCGCACAUGUUCGCGAUCAUCACCCGAGAGACAUCUUGUUCUACGAUGAGUAUGAAGCUCUACGAAAAGUGACCUGCGAGGAACUCGAUCUCACCUAUCGACCCGAUCCGAUUAUUGAGCCCGUGAAGCCGCGUGAAGUGAUUCAACCCGAGGACAAGUUGAAAGCGGGCAUGAAAGAGCGGAUCGUAGCUAGUGUGGUGAGCCAACACGAGUGGGUGGAGGAGGCCGUGGAUAAAAGAUUUCGAUUCGAAGAAAAGAUUAAGCGACCGUAUUUUCACGUUAAGGCCAUGGACUUGAAACAGUUGAAGAAUUGGGACGCCUACCUCGAUUUUGAAAUCGGUGAAAAAGACCACGAGAGGAUUGUUGCCCUGUUCGAAAGGUGCUUGAUACCGUGCGCUCAAUACGAACAGUUUUGGGAAAAGUAUGCCACGUACAUGGAGAAGCAUCAUAAAAGUCAGAAAGGCCGUUCAAAAAGUGCCCAUGGAGCCCAGGAUAGCUCCAAAUCGGCGUUGUCUAAGGCGAAGUGGGCCUUUGAUACCGGUCUUGAAACGGUCCAAAAGAUCAGAGACAAGCGUUGUACUUGGACUUUGCGUGGCUGGAUGGAGUUCGAUGACGAAGGCCACGCGGUUAUGAAAGCUGCCGAGAUUUCAGAAAAAAACAAGGGAGGGAAAACAAUUGUACAAGAACACGACGCGAAGACCACCCUGGAAACUCCAGUUGAAGGAGAUGAGGCAACACCCUCUGAUGCCCAAAGUGCCCAAGAUACGAUCGACAAUGAAAUGUCAUUGGUGCUCAAGACCUCGUGGGAAAACCAAGGCAAGCAAGCGGUCCGUGAUAUUUACAAGCGAGCGUGUAUUGUUCAUUGUCGAAAGAAAGCCCUGAUCAAAAUGAAGUGGGCGGCCUUUGAAGAAGAGGCUGGUGACAGUGUCAAGGCCAGAGAGAUCCUUCUGGAACUCAACCAACGAUAUCCGCUUCUUCUGGAAUGUUGCUUUCAAGUCAUUGACAUCGAUCGACGUCUGGGCGAGUUUGAUAAAGCCGAGGAGCAUUACAAGGUGCUCAUGAGUAAGAUCCCCACGAACCGACGCAACAUCAAAACUUGGGUGGCCAUGAAGUUGGCUCGCUUUCAAUUCAAGGUCUGUGGAUCCACGGAAAAGGCCCUUUCGACUCUCCGCUCAGCCUUGAAGAGGGAAAAAGGCGAGCCCACGUUAUACUCGCAAAUCAUCGAUGUAUGUUAUCAAAGACAUCCCAUCGACGUCAAAGGAGUGACUGCAGCCAUUGAAUUGGCUAUCAAAAGCAAUGAGUUGAGCAACAUGCAAAAAUUGGGCUUUGUCAAGCGGAAGCUGGAAUUCAUGCAAGAGUUUGGCGACAUUCGACGAUUGCGGGAAGCCCAAGAUCAACUGAAGCAAUUCCGCAAACUCUGCGCCAACGAUUUGAAACUCGAACAGAAGAGGAAGAAAGAGCUGGAAAAAGAACAAGUCAAGUUGGAAGAGCUCGAGAAAUUCCGAGCCCAAACCCGGGCAGAUGUCAAUCUCAAAGCCAAAAUUGCCGAGGCUGAAGGUCGUUUGUUGUGCACGGGCUGUCACACAGCCAUGUAUCCGGAUGAGCAAGGUAUUUAUGAAUUCGAAAAACCAAGAAGAAGCCGACUCGAGGCCCAGAACCCUGCGGAGAGCUCCUAUCCCAGUGAUAACGCUAAUGGGACGGCUGAGGAUGGUGUUGUUGAUCUGAUGGACAUGGUCAUAUCAUCUGAACAAGAGGAAAACAUCAAGAGGACCUUAGAGGAGAAGACCAAGUACAAAGAGGUGGCUCCCACGUGGGAACUGAAUAUUGAGACGUAUGGAUACGGCCGGAAACGUAAGACGUACGAUCCAGAUUACGAGCAUAUCGAGAGUGCCAAGUUCAAAGAAUAUGAAAGGCUCGAGAUCACGGGCUACGACGAGUCCAUCAAAGACGAGGAUCGCGACAAGUUGAAACGGAUCAGUGCUCCAGGAUUAGGUUUGGACGGCAAGACCAAGAAAGCCAAGAUGCCCUCUGCCGAACCUUUGACCACAAGUGACUACAUCGUUCCUCCCAAAGUGCCUCAACUCAUGUUGGGUCCUAGCGUUGGCCCACGAAAACCCGAAUCUGCCCCUGGGAGCGAGAAAGAAGAGGAAAUCAGCGCCUUUGAGCUUCCACCCGAAAUUGCCAACCCUCAAAAAUCCCCCUGUGUAAAUGUUCCUGAAUGGUUUGUCAAAGAAGGCGGCGAGCUUUGUCUAAGUGAUACCGAUAAUGGUAUGUCCGUCAUUCGCUAUUGGCCCAAGUUUCUCUCGGACAAGGGCAAUCACCUCAUGUUCAAUCGUUUGCGGCGCUACUGCAAAUGGCACCAGAAGCAGCGUCAAAUUGGCGGGGAAUGGAAAUACGAAACCCGAUUGGUGGCUUGGUACGGUCCUUGUGAUUAUGUCCACUCGGGUCUCAAACUUGAGAAGAACCUGAAUUGGGCUCCCGAGUUGCUCGAUUUGCUCCACCGAUUGAUUGCCAUGACGAAACACGAAUUCAAUGCCUGCUUCCUGAAUCUCUAUCGUCACGGGCACGACAUGUGCGGCUGGCAUUCGGACACUCACCCGCAAUUGGGACGCAACCCACCGGUGGCCUCCGUGUCGCUAGGAGGAGUGCGGGUCUUCGAAUUGCGGAAGAAAACCGGUGCUCCGAACUUCAUUCGCUUUCCUCUAUUCCCUGGAUCUCUACUAGUGAUGGAAGGUGCCACACAAGAAGAUUGGCUCCAUUGCCUUCCACGUGAUCCGAAUUGUGCGCAAGAGAGGAUCAAUCUGACUUUCCGCACGAUGUAUUCUAUCGAUAAACGGAAAUGAUUCCAUCCGAGCCUCAAUCCCGAUCCCCUCCAAAGAGUCAUCUCCCCCUUGGAAACGAGAUUAUAGAUUGCUUUUUCUUCUUUUUUUUUUCUUCGCAUUUUGCUCUCAUUUCCAAGGGGACCCACGUAUUUUUCUGAACUUUCAG